CCCAGAAUCUCAAAGCUGAAAGCGAUCAGCGGGAGGAGGAAGAAAAAGUCUUCCAUGGGCGAUUUCUGAGUGGGAUUCAGGUUCUCACGGGCCAAAGAGCAAAUCCAUCUGGUUAGGGUUUUCGAGGAAAUAUCCAAAAUGGUGCUCGUGUUGGCUUUGGGGGAUCUACAUGUACCCCACAGAGCGCCUGAUCUGCCCCCCAAGUUUAAAUCAAUGCUUGUCCCUGGCAAGAUCCAACACAUCAUCUGCACUGGAAAUCUCUGCAUCAAGGAAGUUCAUGAUUACUUGAAGACUAUCUGUGCUGAUUUGCACAUAGUCCGUGGAGAGUUUGACGAAGAGGCACGGUACCCAGAAACCAAAACACUGACUAUUGGGCAAUUCAAGCUGGGAUUAUGUCACGGUCACCAGGUGGUCCCAUGGGGUGAUCUAGAUUCGCUAGCCAUGCUUCAGAGACAACUGGACGUGGACAUACUUGUGACAGGCCACACCCACCAGUUUACAGCUUACAAACACGAGGGAGGUGUGGUGAUAAACCCGGGAUCUGCAACGGGAGCCUACAGCAGCAUAAACUACGACGUCAACCCUAGCUUUGUCCUUAUGGACAUUGACGGCCAACGCGUUGUUGUUUAUGUCUACGAGCUCAUCGAUGGAGAGGUCAAAGUCGACAAGAUCGAUUUCAAGAAGACCCCUACUACCAACUCUGCCCAUUAGCAAAAAACAAGAAUCAUCUCGGAUUCUGACCUCAGAACUUUUUUUUCCCUUUUAUACUUGCUUGUGACUUCUGAAAACCGAACCUGAAAGCUUCAUGUUUUGCAAUUUCGUGAGUUAUUCAGACAUUAUUGAUGCUGGGGUGUACAGAAAAGUGCUGAAGUAGCAAUGUUCUUUCUCAUGUUCUUCCCUAUCUGAAGCCCUUUUCUUUC